AUGAGCCAUGCCUACGUUUGCCCCGACACUGUUUCUAUUGUUGUUUGUUGCUGUUGUUGUUGUUGUUCCUGUGUUGGCCGGUGAAACUUUUUCUAAUGACCAGAGGGAGAUACUGGGCACGUGCAAGGGAAAUUGUGAGCAGCAUUUGAACGCUUUGAGCGAUGCCGGGAAUACUUUGUUCUGCGACAGUACCUGCAGCGUCGAACAGUGUCGUACAGGCUGCUCACACUUCAAGGACGCUGUCCAGUCCAGCUGUCCCAGGGUUUGUACAGACAGCUACAGACAGAAUUUUACGGAGGCGGACCUGCCACGACAAGAUUUGAUAAGAAAUUGUAUGCAGGGCUGUAUCUUUGGGCUGGAAAUUUAUUAUACACGGAUAAAAGACCAGAUCGGCAGCCUGGAGAAACCCCUACUAGAAAUCUCGACGCUCAACUCCACGUCCUUGACCUUAAAAUGGAAGGCGAAAAUCCUGGAGGACGUCUCCUACAAAGUCAUGAAGCGAAUCAUUGGCAUUGACAGCGGCUGGCACGAGCACCUCAACGCCACCUUCCGGACCGACGAGAGAAUUGAGUUGCAGAACUUGUGUCCCUACGUGACCUACAAGUUUAAAGUUCUGGUGCUGCUGACGUCACUACCUGAUCACAUCCUGUACACGACAGAAACUGCAGAGAUCACAACCCAAGCUAACGGAGUGCCAUCAACAUCACCAAGAAUAACCUCCCUGCUGGCCCCUGCCCCACGGGUCAUCUCGCUCACCUGGUCUCCGCCCCCCUUCACUAAUGGCAAGCUGCUGAGCUACCGAAUUUACGUCCAACCUAGCAAUCAUUCCAGCCUCAAGCCUACAACCAUUGAGAUCCCAGUGAACGUGACCACCUGGCUCCUGAGCCAACUUCAGCCCUCCCAAAGUUACACCAUCUCCGUCUCGGCCUUCAACGCUGAGGGGGAGGGUCCACGUGACAGCCAGAACAUCACGACACCAAGCCUGGGAAAUUUGUCUGAGCAUGAGACGCCAUAUUUAAUCCUGGGAUCUGGGAAUAAAGUCAUCAAAAAAAAUUUGCUGGAAAUCAAAUCUGACUGGGAAUAUUGCAUCGGGUCUAUAAACGGAACUAUUAAAGGAGUCGAGAUUUAUCUUAUUAGUAACGGCGAGGUCAAAGAUAUAGCCGUGCAUGUGUCCCAAAAUCUCCUGCUAGUUUCUGACAGCGCAGGAACUGUAACUCUGGUAAACUUGACCAGCGAAACAAACAGAACUAAUCACUAUCCAAGCAUCCCAGCCCCAGGGGCCAUCACUCUGGAUUGGUUGUCUGACAGAGUCUAUGUUGCCAGUGAGGAUAAGAUCUACAGUUGUCCGCUGUUUAAAGAUCUGUGUUUUGUGGUCAUCCAAGGAUUGGUCAGUACUGCUGUAGACAUCAAGGUGGACCCAGUGAAUGGGUUCUUCUACCUGAUCAUAGUCGGCCAAGGCCUGUACAGGUUUAACUUAAGUGACCUGCAAGGCAGUCACAUGACUUUUCGCCAGCCUCUGUCAUUGGACAGAGCCAAGUUUGUGCUUUCUGUCAAUGACCUCUACACCUACAUCAUUGACAUCAGCAAUGUCCACUUGUAUGUGGUCAACAAUGGUAAAAUGAUGAGUACAUUCUUGGAUGGUUCCAACAAGCAAGUAGUGAGGGAGAAGAUUGUUGCCUCCAAAUUCCAUAACGUCACUAGCAUGGUUAUUUUCAACCAGACAUUUAUAUGGACCAACCAAACAAAAAUGUUUUAUGAAGAGAGCAAGGAUCCUAGCAAGGUCUACUAUCACAAUGAACUCCUUUGCUUUGGGCCUCCAUUUGCUGGUAUCAAUGUCUUCCACCCAAGUGCCCAACCAACACCAGUUCCUUCUAGUGCUCCUGACAACCUAGAGGCUUUAUUUUCGAUGAAUCGUGUUGUCAUUAGAUGGAAUCCUCCACCACUACUUCAGUAUCAAGGUUCAGGAGCAUGGUCCAACUGGACAUAUGAAGUUGAUAUCCUUAAAAAAGGGGAGAAAACUGGCCGACCAUAUAAUGUAACACAGCAGGAGCUGAUUGUUGACAACUUGCAGCCAAACUCUGAGUACAGUAUCAGAGUGAGGGCAAAGACACAGAAGACAGAUGGACCCUGGUCUCAAAUUUUUGUUGGCACUACCCUUUUAAAAGAUGACCUCACUGUCUUGUUGGGGAUAGCAGAUGGCAAAAUUCUUCAAAACAAUUUAACUGACAGUUCUGAAAAAGCUAUUGUUAACUUUUUAUCUAAACCCAUUGAUAUCAUAUGGUACAAUGAUAUCAUAUUAUGGGUAACAGACAAAGGCAACUUGUCAUUCUACAAUCAGACCAGCAAGCAAAAGCGUAGCGUAAAAGACAGUAUCACAGCAUUCUGCACGGCCUAUGACUGGCUAGGCAACAAAGUUUACUGGUCAGAUCCAAGACAAAUUGCUAUCUACCGCUCUGACCUGAAUGGUAUUAACAUUGAACUAGUCCGCCGCACAGCUGCUCGUGAUCUGGCCAUUGAUGCAAUAGCAGGGAGGCUGUACUGGGCCACAAUGCACUCUGUUGAAUCUUCAUACCUAAAUGGUGAUGACCACAAGGAAUUAUUUACGCUGCCGUAUUUUGGUGGACGAAAUGUGGUCAGUUUGACCUUAGAUGACAACUCCGGAAAGGUCUACUGGUAUGUUAAAGGCUAUGACAUGCAGAGUAUUUAUAGGACACAGUUAAAUGUGUCAGCAGGAGUUGAAAAAAUUGGAGAUUUCAGAAGCAUUUCAAGCACAUCUGGCCUGCAAUACUUUUCAAAUCGUUUAUUUUGGCUGUCAGAAAAGAACUCUUUAAUGGUCGGAGAUGUCAACUGUAAUUUUUCUUCAACUGUCAGUCUCAAGGAAAACAUCACAUCUUUUACCAUAAUAAAUAGAACAACAGUGAAAAAAGAUGUCAUCCCUAAUCCAAUCCGCUCAGAGGAUAUUCGCACCCAAGGGGAAUCAUCCAGGUUUAACCUGACCUGGUCCAGAUCUACAGGGGUCAACCAUGGAACUAUUUUUUAUAAAAUUUUUAUUGAACAUGGAAAUACCCGACAAGCCACGACCACAAGUAAACAUUGGUGUGAGGUUUUAGGAUUAUCUCCCUUCACUCAGCUCAUUGUCUCCAUUCAACCAUACACCUUCUGGGGUUAUGCUGACCCAACAAAGGUCACUAUAAGAUCACCAAUGUCAAAGCCAUCAGCGCCUGGCCUGCCAGAGGUUUACAUCAUUCGACAUAAAAACAAUCCCUCCUCCCAGCCUGCGCUGGCUGCUGAUUUUCGCUGGGCCACCCCUACAGUGACCAAUGGUAUCAUAAGCCACCACUACGUGUUUUACUGGAUGGGGAAGGGCAUUGACCCAAGGCCAACGAAUGUCACGGUCAAUGGCACUGCUAGGAAUUUUGUACUCACCUCUCUAGUCAAAGGUCAAGUUUAUAACUUCAAGGUGAUUGCAUGCACUGAAGUUGGAUGUGGCCCUGAAUCUGCUACAAAAACAGUUGUCAUUGAUGCUUUGAGUCCCAUCCCAACUUUAAUGGUUGCCUCCAAAAGCUCUCUGUCCCUACUGGAGAUGGUUGGUGAGUUCAACUCCAGCAACCUCUUGAAUGACGGGCGAGCUCAAGCUAUCACUUACCUGAGUCAAGAUGACACCAGCCUCUUCUGGUUGGACAAGCUCAACCAGCUGUUCAUGACCACUUCAUUAACUGACCCCAAGGAGAAGCCAUUAAACUGUCCUGGGAAAAAACUAACAAUAGAUUGGAUCAGCCGAACUCUAUACAUAAUUGACUCAAAGUUGACCAGCAUAAAACAGUACGAUAUUGAAAGAAAUUCCUGUGAAGACUUCUUGACUCGACCUGGUCGGAUCUCAAGUAUUGUCGUUGAUCCUUACAGCAGUACCAUUUUUUGGACUGAGAUAACAAGCACUGGAGAAACUCAGAUCAACUCUGCAAAUGUUAUCAGUAAGGAGGUGAGCACCGUCCUUGGUUCAAAUGCAUACGCCAGAAACAAGACAUGCAACUGCUCUCCAAGUUUUAAGAUAGCGCCAACUCUGGCCUAUGCAAGGAAUGAAGGACAGACAGAAUUAGCUUUUGUGGACAGCGCUGCAGGUGCACUCUACAUAUCUGAUGCUGCUGGUUGUCAAUGCAACAAAAUUCUUCAGGCUACAUAUACUAAUAACUUUGGUUUUCCCCCAAACUUGUUAGCCAUCGAUCACCUCCGCGUCAGCUGGUACAACAAUUCUGAAGGAAAACUUUACAGUGUGAAUAAAAUAUCUGGUCAAGGCCUUAUCAAAAAGGAGUUGAGUGACGUUCUUGACAUCAAAACAUACGGAUCUCAUCUCCAGCCCUUACCUGAUUUACAGUGUUUGGAGCCAGGGGCUUACAACUACACAGUACAGAAAGUGGGCGACAGUUGGAUCACACUUGCUUUAUUUCCCUUGAGAAGACAGGAGGAGUGCCGGAGCAUCAGUGCACCACAAGACAAUUACACCAUCUCCUACAGAAAAGUCACCGCUAAAUCAGGAGGAGAAUACUGUCAGACUGAUCCAAAUUGCCUUCAAAAGAUAUCCUUGUCCAAAGAAAUCACCAUCAGUGACCUUGACCCAUAUUCAGAGUAUCUUAUUCAAGUUGCUGUCAGUAAUUAUUACAAAACGUAUACGCCAGAGGAAAAGGAUUCCAUCAAAGUGAUGACCCAAUUUGGCAUUCCCUCCCCUGCCAGAGAUGUGGUAGCUAUUGUAGGAACUCCUGAGAAGAUUACAGUGAAAUGGUUACCUCCCCUGAGGCUGAAUGGUCCAGCAGAGAAUAUCAGCUACAAUGUUCUCUUCUCCACCAGCAUAAACAAUGUCCUGCUACAGAAGAAGACUGACAGCAUCUUCAACACCAAAACAGCUGAAGGCAUGAUAGAAACUGUUUUAAGAGGAUUAGAACCAGGGCAUCGUUACCAGAUACAGGUCCAUUCCUGUAUGGUGAAUGAGUCCAACUGUAGCACAUCAGAAACAGUGGAGGUGUCCACAUUCCAGACGCCACAUGGUCUGAGGUUUCUAAAUGUGACAUCUCAUUCCUUGGUUGUGGCAUGGAAGUCUCCACCUGAUGACAGCAUUUCAAGGCACCAGAUUAUCUAUGCUGAGGCUAAUACAUCACCUUUAGAGUGGAUUCAUCGCUUUGGACUCCCAGGUAUCACGAACAACGCCUCAGAUUAUUUUGAAGAAAUCGAUUCGUUGGACCCCAACACUCUGUAUGCAUUUAGAAUCAAGGCCACCUACAAAUCCAGGCCGUUUGAUGGAGCUGUUUAUGUUUGGCCUCCAGAAGAAAGGCAAUUUGUACAAAAAACUCUAGAUUUCUCCCCUGAUCGUCCAUUUUCUCCUGGCAUUAGACAACCCAAGAAUGGCAUGUAUGAGGUCUACUGGCUCAAACCUGAUGAUAAUGGAUCACCUAUCCUCAGUUAUUAUCUAGAAAUACGAAAUACAGAGACAGGAAACUGGAGUCUUGUUUACAAUGGCACUGAACAGCGAUGGCUGGUGGAUACCUCAGAUUUAGACCCAGGAAAAGCCUACAUCUUUAGAGUAGCAGCCAUGAACUCUAAAGGACUUGGACCUUACAGUGAUAACAGCACAACAUUUUUGGCACCUCAUGCUGUUAUCAGCAGUCAACAAAUCACUACAGGAAUUGCUGUUGGGGUGGUGGUUUUUGUCCUAUUUCUUGUGUUAGCUGUUUUCAUUAUAGUUGUACGCAAACGACAAGAUAAAAUAAAAACAAGACAGUUCAUCAUAAGAGGUCCUGACACUGAACUAGCAACACUACGUGAGCUACCUCAUACAGCCUUCCAACAGAGCAACACCCUAUAUGCUAUAAGUAUCAAAUGUACAGAUGAGGAAAUUGCAAAGCUGCCACAUUUUAGCAGAAAUCAGCUAGUACUGACUAUGUUUUUGGGGAGUGGUGCAUUUGGAGAAGUGUUUGAGGGACUUGCUAAAAAUAUUUUGGGUGACAGUACAGGCGAAACUAAAUGCGCAGUAAAGACUUUACGGAAAAGUGCAUCAGAUCAUGAAAAAGAAGAGUUUUUGAAAGAGGCGUUGUUGAUGAAAAAUUUUCAACAUGAAAAUAUUCUUCGACUGCUUGGUGUAUGUCUUGAUAAUGACCCUCAGUUUAUAAUUAUGGAGCUGAUGGAGGGAGGAGAUCUUUUGUCAUUCCUGCGCUAUUGCAGGGCUACAGCAACAACCCCAGCAAAAUUGAUGUUACCUGAUCUUGUUAAAAUUUGUGUCCAUGUUGCUAAGGGGUGCAGAUACUUAGAGGAAAUGCAUUUUGUACACAGAGAUUUGGCUGCCAGAAACUGUCUGGUUUCCUCCAAGUCUCCCCUAGAUAUGGUUGUGAAGAUUGGUGACUUUGGCCUGGCCAGGGACAUCUACAAAAAUGACUACUACAGAAAGGAAGGUGAAGGCCUUCUGCCAGUUAGGUGGAUGUCACCUGAGUCUUUGGUUGAUGGAUUUUUUACUACCCAGUCUGAUAUCUGGGCAUUUGGAGUCCUGAUGUGGGAAGUGGUUACGCUGGGUCAACAGCCGUACCCUGCAAGAACCAACAUUGAAGUUUUACAUUUUGUCCGUGAUGGAGGCAAACUGGAGCGGCCAGAGAAAUGUGCUGAUGAAAUGUUUGCUUUGAUGAGGAAGUGUUGGUGUUUUAGCACUGAUAACAGGCCGAGUUUUGCUGAACUGCUUGCAAGCCUAGAGGAGUUCCAGAACAAAUGUUUGACCAUGAGCCCACAAGAAAUAGCCCAGCUGUCGCCUUCUGUUAUGGAUGUGAACAACGAUGCUGUGCAGCUGCUUGAGGAAGAAACUCAGAGCCUGCUGGCCCCAGACAGCCCAAACCUCAGUUUAUUUACCCCAAACAGCCGAGUGUUGACAGGGGGUGGCUCUGUCCGUUUGACUCAAACAGGAAAACAAAAACGCCUCAAAGAUUUGCUAGGCUCCUCUGAUGUUCCUGAAAAGCUUGUUGUGGACUUGACCAAAAUUGGAAGAAAAAGGACGCACUCUCUGGAGGCCAAAAAUUCCUUCCCUGCAGCUUCAGAUUAUGACCAUAAUGGUUACUUGGAACCACGAGGUGCUAAAGGUGAAGGCUACCUAGAGCUGAUAAACUAUGCCCCAGAGCUGCGCCAUCUGCUGGACAGCCCAGUCACACCAGGCUCUGUCCAUGUGACUAGAAAAGGCUACCAUCCGUCAAAUGUCAGCUAUACUCUGUUGAGACCUCAUGAGGUGGGAGCUUACAGUACUGGGGAAGAGGUCAGGGGUUACAGUGCUGGUGAUGAGGUCAGAGGUUAUAUUCCAGAUGAUGUCUCUGGCUCUAGUGAUUACAGAUACGCUCCUCCGAAGGAAGCAUUUGACAAUGUAUAUAGACUUGGGUCAGUGCAAGAAUCUCCUAUUUAUUCACGUGUUUGUGAUGAUCGCCGCCACUAUUCAACAGAUUCAACUAGUCAGUAUUACCCACAGCCGCAGGAAAACCUACAGGUGAGAUCUCAAAGACAAAGAAAAUUUUCAGACCAGGAUCUUUACUUCAGCACCGCCCCCUACCGCCAGUCCAACUCCUCAAAUGACCAUCGCUACGCUUCCGUCGAGUGCAACAAUAAUGGGUCAAGCAGGCGGCAGAACUCUGGCGGCAGCAACCAGCAAAAGCCGGGGUUCUCCCACUUGGCAGAGGAGAACUGCCACGACCUUGAUGAUGUGUUUUUGGACAAUGAUUCCUACAACUCUGCUGAGUUCAUCCACCCGCACCAGAGGCAUGGUUCAAGGUCACGGGGUCAGGUGUAUCCAGAAAACUGUAAUCCUAUUCUCGGCUAUGAGAAUCAGGUCAGUUUAGUUUAAAAAUACAAGCACCAUGUGAGAAUCUGGUCAGUGUAGUUUAAAAACAAAAAAGCACAAAAAAUGACAUGAGUUAAUCAUUAUGGGAUAUUACAUGACUGCUUUAUAAGCUUAAUAAUACACAUAGGCUUGAAUAUACAUGCAGGCCUGUUAGGCUUGAAUAUACAAACUGGCAGGGUUGUGUAGCCCAUUAAUAAUCGAUGGACAUGACAGAAACAAAAAUCUCAGAUGUAUGCGGAAACUUGUCGAUGGUAUAUUUAUUGAAUACAUUUUACCUGAAUGUAGUUGGUACUUUCUGGUGAGCUUUAUUUUAAAGAUUGUGGUUCACAUACAAGACAAUGUGGAGGCUUAAAUGUUUUGUGAUUUGUAAAGUGUUAAUGACUCUCAUACCUGGUGAAUGUAGCUCAGCUACACUUGGGGCAGUUAAAUGUAGAAGAUCAUUGACACAUUUGUUAUUUUAUAUUUCUGUUGCUCAGAUUGUUUUGAAAUUUAAAUAAAAAAAUAAUAUUUUUCUAUUUUUUUAAGCUUUUGAAAAUUUUAAUCUGGAUAAAUUGAUAUUGUUUCCUUAUUUUACAAUUGUUUCAAUAAACUGCAUCGACUGUGUUUAUGUCUUUACAUUUUUAGCAUAAUGGUGUUUUUUGUACUAGUACAUGCCUUUUUUAAUGAACAUAUUUUGUUGAGUACCAGGCUAAUUACAUUUUGAAAAUGGACGUUAAAAAAUGUGACAAUAUUUUUCUGUGUUGGUGUGCUAACUAGAACUAACGUACUGUUUAGUGAGAUAUUUACAUUGUUCAUUUUUGUACUGCUUUUUGUAAUUUUAAAAAUGUGUCAUAAUGGUAAAGUAUGAAUUGUAUAAUGUAAAGCACCUGUACAUAAAUAAGUGAUAUAAUUUCUUUUUUCUUUUACUGCUGUACAUGAUAGUUUUUACAGUCCACAGCAUUUAUUAUAGUCCGCAGCAAAUAUUACUGAACACAGCAUCCAUUACAGUUUUUUUAUAAGAAAAAGCGCAUGAUUACAAAAUGCCACCAUUUGAUCAUCGUCAUGCUAUUAUUAAACUGUUAGGAUUUAACAUUCCACUUUUCCUAUAUUAUUUUAAUAAGCGUGCAUGUUAUCAAGAUGUAUAAACUCAAUUUAGAAAGAUACGUAGUAAUAUUAAUGCUUGGGAAUUUAUAGAUUAAGCCCAGAAGUAUUUAUACAUUUAGCUUACAAUGCAUGUAGUUUAGUUGUUCUUUUAAGCAUAUUAUUUUAACUAAUGCAGCAUUGUAAAUUGCUAAGUAGUUAAAAUAGCCAUCACAUUUUUCUUGAGUAGCUAACAGCAUAAGGAACAUUAAAUGCUUUAAUUAACAGCAGAUAAUAAAUUAUAUAGAAUGUUGACAAAAUUGUGCACAAAAUUUGAUUUAGGCUAGACCUUCUUACACAUCAGAAUUAUUAUUUUAGAGAUAUUAAGCAUCAUUAAAUGCAAUGAGACACAUGAAGAUUUUAAUUAAUGUAAUGUUUUCUAUUGCUGGAUAAUGGAAUAGAAGCACAUGCUGUGAAAAUAAUAAAAUGUUAUACAAUGUGAUAGACAUGAACAUAUACAUUUGAUUCCAGGAAAAUAAUCUCAAAACUUUCUGAGAUUUUUUGUAAACGGUGUUUCUUCCAAACUUUU